AUGGCUAAGAAGAAGAAGCAUAAUAACUCUACACCCCAAUUAGUACAACUUAGAAGUUCUACUGAUGAAAUUUUACAUAAUUUGCGGAACUCAGGCACAGCUUUUGUUCCAAGCCCGAUUCAGGAGGUGGACGAGCUUGUCACUCUGGCGUCGGCAUUGGUAAAUCCGGCCCGUGGUUCUAUUCCCCGAAGUGAUGCUGAAAUCAUUGCCCUAUUUGCUGAAGCCAUUGCUAGACCAACAUCUUCGAAUUUCAAUAAAACAGUACCUAGGGUUUCGACUUGUACUGUUCCAUUGGAUGCUGAAGCGGCUGCUCAUCGAUUUGAACCAGCUAUCACUUAUUCUCACGCUGUACCUCCCCCGGAACAGAAUGCACAUAAGGAUGGUGAAGAUCGAAGCUUUUUUUCUGGGAAGUUAGCUACUAAGGGAGCUCCUUUGUUCUUCGUUGCACCAGUUGUUCAAAAUGGGAAGCAGGUUGCUCAGCUUAAUAAAUCUGAACUCGUGGAAGUUAGUGAUAAGGAUACUAUUCUUUGUUCUGGUCUACAAAUGUACAUGGGAAAACCAGCAAUCAUUAAACCUUGGAGUCCUAAAUUUGAUUUUGGUGCAGAGAUUUUGAGAACUAUUCCUUUGUGGGUUAAGUUCCCAAACUUACCUUUAAAUUGCUGGGGUCCUGAAACUCUUAGUCGUAUUGGUAGUUUGCUUGGUGUAACAAUUUUCUCUGAUGAAUGUACUACAAGACAACUAAGAGUUUCUUUUGCUAGAGUUCUAAUAGAAAUUAAUGUUACCAAGCCAUUGCCUAAGUCUGUGUUUGUGGAAAGCCCCUCAAAGGAAAUUCUGGAACUCAAGGUAGUUUAUGAAUGGACUCCACCCUUUUGCUCUAAGUGUAAUAAAGUGGGCCAUGAUUGUUCUGUUAAAGUGCCAUCAGCUCCUAAGCAUUCGGUGGCUGCAGCUCCCAAGCAGCCAGUAAAUGCAGCUCCUAAAGUGCAGCAAGUCUGGGUUGCUAAGCCUAGUCAAGCUCCUCCUAUUGUUGAUGUUUAUGCUUCUAUUCAUGGGCAAUAUGUUAUCACCCCACAGGUUCAUACUUCUCAAAAAUCAGAUGAGGGUUGGAGAAUAGUGGGAAAGAAGACAAAAAGGAAGCAAACUAGGGUUAAUCAGCCUGCUUCUACCUCUAAUUCUUUUGUUACUCUAUUUGCAAAUGAAAUGGAUGGUGCAGUUGAUGUUAUUGGUCUUCUUGAAACAAAAAUCAAAUCAAAAAAUGUUCUUACUUAUCAGAAGAAGUUUGGCUCUUCUUGGCUUUGGAUGUGCAAUUAUGAUCAUUCUCCCAAAGGGAGGAUUUGGCUUGGUCGGAAUGCAAUUACAGUAACUGUCAAUGUCUUGAAGAUUCAUGAACAGUUUAUUCAUUGUAGUGUCUCUUCUAAGGAUCUUUCUACUCAAGUUCAUCUCACUGUUGUCUAUGGGCUUCACUCUAUUCAUGAUAGGCUUCAUAUGUGGGAAGGAAUCAGGAACAUCUCUAUUCAGCAUUCUCCUUGGCUUUGUGCUGGUGACUUUAACUCUGUUCUUCAUACUUUAGAUAGGCUUCAUGGUACUGAUGUUACUGAUUAUGAGACUAGAGAUUUCCAGAGUUUGGUUGAUGAUUUGGACCUCACUGAGGUCAAGAGCAAAGGUGCCUUCUACUCUUGGUCAAAUAAGGCUCACACUGGUCCUAGAACUCUUUCUAGGAUUGAUAGAGUCUUUGGUAACCAAGCUUGGCUGGCCUCUCAUGGGCAUGUUGAGAUUGUCUAUCUCCCCCCUUCUUUAUCUGAUCACAGUCUAGUUCUGUUGGAUAUUUGUUCUGCCCCUGCUGGGAGAGGUAGACCUUUCAGGUUUCUAAACUGUAUUGAUGAUCAUCUUGAUUUCCUUGAUACUGUUUCUCAGGCUUGGGGUUCUGGUAGUUCUGUUUGGAAGAAGCUUAAUUCUGUGAAGUCUAGUAUCAAGUCUCUUAAUAGCGAGAAGUUUGGCAACAUUGAGGAGAAGAUUGAUCAAGCUAAUGUUGAGCUUGUUGGAAUUCAGAACUUAAUGGCUCAGAAUCCUGAUGAUUUGGAUUUAUAUGCUAAAGAAUCUGAUGCUAUUAAGGUUGUCAAACACUGGAAUGAUAUUCAGGAAAGCAUCUUCAAACAAAAAUCUAGGAUCAACUGGAUUAAUCUUGGAGAUGGGACUCAGGCUCCUUGGCUUCCUGCUGUUGACCUUGUUACUAUGAGGAGGGGUAAACAGCUUAGCUCUGUUGCUCAGAGUUAUCUUAUUCAGCAUGUUUCUCAUGCUGAAAUUGAUGCUGCCCUUAAGGGAAUUGAUAACACUAAAGCUCCUUGUAUUGAUGGCUUUAACUCCUUUUUCUUUAAGAGAGCUUGGCAUAUUGUGAAAGAUGAUAUUUAUGCUAGUGUUAUUGAUUUCUUUACUAAAGGGACCUUGCCUAAGAAAUGGAAUUGCAUAACUAUCACCCUUGUUCCUAAAAUCCCUAACGCUUCCCAUGUUAAGGAUUUUAGACCAAUAGCUUGUUGCACUGUGGUUUAUAAGCUCAUUUCUAAGGUCAUAACUGCUAGACUUGCUGCUAUCAUUGGUGAGGUCAUUGAUGAUGCCUAA